GCUGCGCAGCCCAAAGUCGUCUGAUGGGUUAAAGUAAGGUCCUUCGUUUCUGAUUUUUUUUUACAUAAUUUUUUUUUAUGAACUUCGCUCCAUUUUCCCUAGCUCUUUGCGGUUUAUGUUUGAAAUACUUUAGUUUUAAGUCGUGUGGUAUAAGUUGUAGAAGAGUAGCGUUACAUGAACUUCGCCGACAAGCAGAAGUGAAAGUUGAAGCGGGUGUGAGUUCUGCAUCUAUCCAGACCACAGUUUGGUGCCAACGCCUUUUCCACCGUCCAGAAAACUUCACCUACUGCUCCAGACUUUAGAUGAUCAUCCGCUCUGAAACCACAACCCGGAGCUGUUAGAUCUGUGCUGAAACCUCACUCUGAAGCUAAUGAACCGCUGUGGAAUCAAAAUCUGAAGCUUUUGUGAAAACCACAAUCUGAAGCUGUCUCAGUAACAAUGGGCUGUACCAUCAGCGCCGAGGACAAAGCUGCUGUGGAGAGGAGUAAAAUGAUUGAUAAAAACCUGCGAGAAGACCGAGAGAAGUCCUCAAGAGAAGUUAAACUGCUCUUAUUGGGAGCUGGAGAAUCUGGGAAAAGCACAAUAGUGAAGCAGAUGAAAAUCAUACAUGAAGCUGGUUACUCAGAAGAGGAGUGUAAGCAGUAUAAAGUGGUGGUGUACAGCAACACCAUCCAGUCUAUCAUCGCCAUCAUCAGAGCAAUGGGCCAGCUAAAGAUUGAUUUUGGGGAUGCUGCGCGGGCGGACGAUGCCCGUCAGCUGUUUGCCCUGGCAGGCUCGGCAGAGGAAGGCCUGAUGUCAGCAGAGCUGUCUGGUGUGAUUCAGAGAUUGUGGAACGACGGCGGAGUUCAGCACUGCUUCAGUCGAUCCAGAGAGUAUCAGCUCAAUGACUCUGCUGCAUAUUAUCUGAAUGACUUGGAGAGGAUCAGUCAGCAGAACUACGUUCCAACUCAGCAGGAUGUGCUGCGAACACGGGUGAAGACGACUGGCAUUGUGGAAACUCAUUUCACCUUCAGAGAUCUCUACUUCAAGAUGUUUGAUGUUGGAGGCCAGCGUUCAGAGAGAAAGAAAUGGAUUCAUUGUUUUGAGGGUGUCACAGCGAUCAUUUUCUGCGUCGCACUCAGUGACUAUGAUCUUGUCUUGGCUGAGGAUGAGGAGAUGAACCGCAUGCAUGAGAGCAUGAAGCUUUUCGAUUCCAUCUGCAACAACAAGUGGUUCACACGCACCUCCAUUAUCCUGUUCCUCAAUAAGAAGGACUUGUUUGAAGAGAAGAUCAGCAGGAGUUCACUGACCAUUUGCUACCCUGAAUACUCAGGUGGCAGCAGUUAUGAUGAGGCAGCAGCAUAUAUCCAGUGCAAGUUUGAUGACUUAAAUAAACAAAAAGACACCAAGGAGAUCUACUCUCACUUCACCUGUGCCACAGACACCAAGAAUGUGCAGUUUGUGUUUGAUGCUGUCACUGACGUCAUCAUCAAGAAGAACCUGGUGGAGCUUGGGCUGUACUGAAGCUGCAGGUGUCAGGACGAGAAUAUGGACUUCUCAGGUGGUCUGUCUUGUCUGUAGAGGGCACAUUAAAAAGAAGAUGAUGACUGAGCUAGUGAUCAAGGUGCAUGCAGGACCUCAACUCUACAGUCUGCAGACUUCAUCUUGAUCACUUUUGUAGUAAAA